AUGUUUUGUAAGUCGGGAGGUGCCUUUGGUGGGGAAGUUGCCAUUUUUGCGCCUGGUGAACUUGGAAGUAGAGAAGAUGUUGAGAUUCCGGAGUCCCUUGUAAAACUGACUCGUGGUUCGGUCUGCUCGUUCAAUGUCCCGGUCAAGAACAAGUCUAACUCUCCUUUGUUUAUUCGUAAGGGCUCUUGUUUAGGCAAUCUCAAUUCAGUGAACUCUGUUGUGACCCUGCGGCCGCCUGAGACUUAUGAGACUGACCCUGGGACAGCGGCCCGUGAGACGUCAAGGGGGACUGGUGAUUGGAACGGCUAUCGCCCGACCAGGACGUGGAGUCAAGCCAGGAGGAUAAGACUGGAGAUGGUCAGUGGGAUCCCGAUGUUGGAUCUUGACGAAGAGCUGUUGACACGCGAUCAAGGUGAGUUAGAUUUGAAGCUGUUGGACGACGUACCAGUUCAACAACCAUACCGGUCCUUGCCUCCACCACUGUACACUGAAGUCAAGGAUUAUGUCCUUGAUUUGUUGAAUAAAGGGUGGAUCAAGAAGUCGGACUCCAACUACUCAUCUCCUAUGGUCGCCGUCCGGAAGAAGUCUGACAAUUCGCUGAGAUUGUGCAUUGACUACCGUGCUUUGAAUAGGAAGACCCUUAGCAGCCAGAGACCUAUUCCCCGAAUACAGGACACUCUGAACCGCCUAAUGGGUAGCCAAUGGUACACAACUCUCGAUCAGGGCUCGGCGUAUCAUCAAGGCCAGGAUCGAGGAGAACCACAGAAUGCCGGAUGCCCUGAUCCGAGGGUGCCAUUGAAUGUGGAGGACUAA